UCUGGCACCAAAAGGAGGGCGAUUCGUCUCCUGUGCAGCCAAAGCGACAGCUGUCAAAGUAGCAGGGGCUCCUGCGAGCCAGAACCUAAAGGCUACGUGUGCCUCCUGGUCAUUCAAAUUGUCAGUUUUAGGUACAGAAGUAUCCAAAUCACAAGUUCUCAGUGUUCUAUGAAAAAUGGCUCCUUACAAGUCAAGAACUAGAGCCAGAUCCUGAAAAUACUUACUCACAAGAUCAUUGCUUAGCCGUUCUGAAAGGCAUUCUCUUGGAAAAAGUCUGUGAAGACGCAAAGGAUUUUCCUGGAAAAAAAAUGUGGUCAUGUAUAAAGACACAGCAUCUUGGCUGUCUGCUAAAAAAAUGUAUACUGUUUUGGUGGAGAAUCAGCCCCGGACUGCAAAAUAUCACAUGGCAGAUUAUCAUCAUUUAAGAACUCCAGUGCACCGAAAAAGACGAUUUACUGAGCGAUAACAGCAAGAAACAAUUCAGUCCACUAUUAGAAAUUUUAGGAGGUCUACCAGGAGAGGCCAUUGGAGGAAGAACGUCACGUGACAGAGGGGUGCCAAUGUUAUUCUUUAAGGGUGUCAAGACCCUGUCAGUUUGUGAAAUAAAUAUUGGGAAACAACGAAAUGCAAAAAGCGACCUACUACGACAGCUCUGCAAUCUAUGGUGGCUACCCCUACCAAGGAGCAAAUGGUUUCACUUAUAAUGCUAGUCAGCAGCAAUAUCCUCCAUCUUCAUCACUUGUGGAAACUGAAUAUCAUCGACCAGCUUGCUCUUUACAGUCACCUGGCAGUUCUGUGUCCCACCAUAAAGCCAAUGAAAUCAAUGAGAGUUGCAUGAGGACCAUCACUAGCCAACCCAUUCAGCCCCCAGUUAUUUCAGAGCAGCAACAGCAACAGCCUCCAGCCCAGCAGGCACCAGCUCCACCGCCACCCUCUGUCUCACCACCUCAAAAUGCCAGCAGCAAUUCUGCCCCAACUAACACUACCAAGAGCCCAGUUAUUAACUCACCCACCAUGUCCAAACAAAUAUUCCCAUGGAUGAAAGAGUCUCGACAAAAUACAAAGCAGAAAAACAGCAGCUCCAGUUCAGGUGAGAGCUGUGCUGGUGAUAAAAGCCCUCCAGGGCAAGCCUCCUCUAAAAGAGCACGUACAGCUUAUACAAGUGCCCAGCUGGUAGAACUGGAAAAGGAGUUCCACUUCAAUAGAUACCUUUGCAGGCCAAGAAGGGUAGAAAUGGCUAAUUUGCUCAAUCUCACAGAAAGACAAAUCAAAAUAUGGUUUCAGAACCGCAGAAUGAAAUAUAAAAAGGAUCAAAAGGGAAAGGGCAUGAUGACCUCUUCAGGAGGACAGUCCCCAAGCAGAAGUCCUGUGCCUCCAGCUCCUGGGGGGUAUUUAAACUCUAUGCAUUCUUUAGUAAACAGUGUUCCCUAUGAGCCCCAGUCGCCUCCAUCAUUUAACAAGCCUCAUCAAAAUGCCUAUGGCAUCCCUGCAUCAUAUCCAGCUCCUCUCAAUAAUUGCCCGCCUCCUCAAAAGAGAUACACGGGGACAGCAGCGGUUACUCCUGAAUAUGAUACUCAUCCUCUUCAAGGCAACAGUUAUGGAAAUCCACAUAUACAGGGAAGCCCCGUCUAUGUGGGGGGCAACUAUGUGGACACCAUGACCAAUUCUGGGCCUUCCAUCUUUGGUCUAACUCAUCUCCCUCAUCCUUCCUCUGCCAACAUGGACUACAGUGGGACUGGGCCAAUGGGCAACAAUCACCACCAUGGACCUUGUGAUCCACACCCAACAUACACAGACCUUACUUCUCACCAUCCUUCUCAGGGAAGAAUUCAGGAAGCGCCCAAACUCACCCAUCUGUAACAGACAUGAGUUACUAAGUGGAAUGAAGUCCCCAACUUUUUUAAAGUACUUUCCACCCUCCCAUCUCCCUCUAUUUUUUUGUUUUUGUUUUGUUUGGUUUGGUAAAGCGUUCUAUAGUUUAUGUGACGUAGCAAUAUUUGUUGCUUGAAUUGCUCUAUAGUUUCAAUAGUGGAUAUUUAUCUUCUUGAACUGUAGCCUUGUGUCUCGCUUUGGGAGUAUACAUAGGCUUUAUACUUUACUUCUACACUUUUAUCAAAACAGGGUAUAUGAACAAAUUUUCUAUAACAAUAAUUCUGAAAUGUGAAUUUGUUCGUACAUGAUUGAUCCCACGGGGAAGCAAUUUUUUAUUGCACUUCUUUUAACUAGCGAGAAAGAAAUCAAAGGCGCUUGAACAGGGGCUCCCUGGACAAUUAUUAAUACGUGUUAAGUCUUUCAAUGUGUGUAUGCUGGUGAACAUUCAGAUUAAUUUAUAUUUUUUUUGAAAACAUUGAAUAAUCUAAGUGUUUAAAAUUUUAUUUAUCCCCAUCUGUUCAUAUUUAUAUAUAUAUAUAUAAAAUUUUGUACCCUGAAUAUUCAGGAGGUAUUUACCUGGCCGUAUGUUAGAUGGCAUAUUGGCAUAAGUAGGAAAUAUCAUUUGAAAGGAAACUAUUACUCCUUUAUUUAAAAAUAUAAUAAUGCAAUAAAUUCUGAAAAAAAAUGGAUCACAAAUUGAAUAAUUUAUGCUUGUAACAUCCAGCUAAAUGGAAAAUGUGUAAACCUGAAAAGACUAGAUUUGUUUUGAAAGUUAUACAUUCCUUGCUGCUCACAUUCUGAAAAAAAUAAAGUUUUUAUUCUGAAU